GAUUAAAACGGGAGUCACUCGGGAACAGAAGCGAGUUUAUUUCGUCAACGUUCAGCGCUUAUUCCGGACAGAACCAGAGAAUUUUACCUCAGAAACAGUUAAUCUAUAAACGAACCAGAAGAUUACGAUUUUAGUUUCGCGAGGAAUUGAGUUUGAACCGAGAUAUUCGACCUUAUUUUGUAGAUAAAGAGACCGAUUGUUUCAGCACAACCAACCCCAGUUUUUGCAUUUCGUGCUCGGAUUUUUCUCUCAGGUCUCAGCCCUUAUUUAGAUGGCAAGCUUCCCAGACUCUGUAAACGAAAAUGAUUUAGGUAAGGCUAAGUUCAUCGGUGAACUGCUGGUGCCGGUCGCGCCCUUUGACCAGAAGUCUGGGCGCGAGGCGUGGACCGUGGCCUUCGCUCCUAAUGGUUCCUACUUCGCUUGGUCUCAGGGGCAUCGAAUCGUCAAGCUUGUGCCGUGGACAAAAUGCCUGAAAGACUUUGCUUUGGGUCAGAGCGGAGAGUGCACAGACGCCGGUCCCAGGCGGCUCUCCAGACAGAACAGCAAUGAGGCUCUGAUCCCCCUGAGCGAACCCCGAGAACGCACCAUCGACUGCGGGGACAUCGUGUGGGGUCUGGCCUUCGGGUCGUCAGUGCCGGAGAAGCAGAGCCGCUGCGUGAACAUCGAAUGGCACCGCUUCAAGUUCGGACAGGACCAGCUGCUCCUCGCCACCGGCCUCAACAACGGACGCAUCAAGAUAUGGGACGUCUACACAGGAAAGCUGUUGCUGAACCUGAUGGAUCACACUGAUGUGGUCCGUGACUUAACCUUUGCCCCCGACGGGAGCCUCAUGUUGGUGUCUGCGUCUCGGGACAAGACCCUCAGAGUCUGGGACCUCAAGGACGACGGUAACAUGGUAAAAGUGUUGCGUGGUCACCAGAACUGGGUCUACUGUAGCGCCUUCUCUCCAGACUCCUCCAUCCUCUGCUCGGUGGGCGCCGGCAAAGCAGUGUUCCUAUGGAACAUGGACAAAUACACUCUGAUCCGGAAGCUCGAGGGACACCACAAUGACGUGGUGUCAUGUGAGUUCUCACCAGACGGGGCGCUGUUGGCCACCGCCUCCUACGACACCCGCGUCAUCGUGUGGGACCACCACAAAGGCACCAUCCUGCUCGAGCUCGGACACCUGUUCCCUCCUCCGUCUCCCAUUUUCGCGGGAGGUUCAAACGAUCGUUGGGUUCGCUCCGUGAGCUUCUGUCCCGACGGUCGGCACAUCGCCAGCGUCACUGAUGACAGGUUGGUGCGUUUUUGGAGCAUCGAGCAGCGCGCCCCUCAGGCCAUUGCGUCUCUGUCCAACGGCCUGUGCUGUGCCUUCUCUCCUGAAGGGGGCGUCCUGGCUGCCGGGACUCGCGACGGCGGCGUUCACUUCUGGGAGGCGCCGCGCUCCGUGUCCAGUCUGCAGCAUCUGUGCCGACUGACCCUACGGCGGCUGAUGACUACACAACAGGUGGAAUCGCUCGCCAUCCCCACCCCCCUGCGCGACUAUCUCACCUACAAAGUAAUCUGAAGACCACCGCUCACCCCAGUAUACGACAAACUGAACUCUCUGUCUCUACUUGUUUGUAUUUAUUUUUCCGCACGCGUCAACUGGAGCCGACACAAUCCAAAACUCUUAAGGUCAAUGUUUUCAUGGAUUUAUCUUUUCCUCCUCUGACUUGAAAAGGCUGUUGCACUUACUGUAUAUUAUAAUAUUGGGGCGUAAGUGGAGCUUGGGCCAAAGGGAAACUGCAGGGUUUAAUAUUCAGACACUGGUUUGAAGGGUCUGUAGUUGUUGGGGCCGAAUAGAAUGGAGCAGGAAUAUUUGAAAGGCCAAUUUUCUUUUAUUUUCUUUUAUUAUUUUUUUUAUUUUUAUUUUUUAGAUUAUUUUUUAUACACAUUUUUUUCUUUUUUUUAAGAUUUAUCAUUUUUUUAUUAUUUUUUUCUGUCUUUUUUUCAGAUUUUUAUUAUUACUUUUUUCUUCUUUUUCUUUUUUUUUUUUUUUCUUUUGGGGGGAUACAAUAGAUCGCCGCAUACUGCCUCACUAGUUCUCAAAAGCAAAAUGUAGAAAUAUUUUUGUUGUUUUUUUUUUGCUCACCUUAAUUUGCCUUGAAUUAUUUCUUCUUUCUGAUGGAAAUUCAGCUGGAAAUUACAGCUUUUCUAAUGCAGUGGUCGAGUCAUGACAACGGAGACAUGUACACUUUAUAGUAGCAAUCAAUGAGCUAACAAUUUCAUAUUAAUGCCGCGCUAUGUAACUUUUCUGGCGCUUAUCUCUGUGGAGAUGUUAUUCCUCUGCAUGGGACGUUCCACAGUAUAGCAUUAAACUUAAUUAUCUUAUCGUGUUGCCUUGUCACCCAUAAUGCAAGGCAAGUUUAUUUGACUUUGUGGACCAAACAAAUCAAAACUGAAAUAAUCCAUGACUAAAAAAAGAGAAGUUUAGAAUUUCACCUGAAUCUCUGGAACUUUCCAGACAAGCAAUAACGUAUCCGUGGAAACCAGCAGCAGAAAAGGUACUCAGCGCACUUUUUUAAAUACUUGUAGAUUGAUAGAAUAUAGUCCCAAGUUAGAAAUGUUUGUGAUGACAAUAAUGAGAUAUAUCUUGUGCAAAACACUAAAGCUAUAGCAAUUUUUUCGUACGUUCUUGCAAGACGAACGCGGACUUGUAUUUAAAAUACCAUUUUGUGCUCAACAUUUUAAUUGCAAACUUAAAAACACAAGCUUUUCUUCCAUAAAUAUAUCAACUUUCAAUCGAUGUUACUAUCCUGAAAGGUAUUCCGUCACCUAUUGGCUCCUGGCAUCGAUCAGAACUUCAAAUUUCAAUGUUUCUUUGACUUAAAAGUGCACUGCGUCACUUUUCUAACAGAGAUUCUGCCACCUGCUCGUCUCCGUGGAGAUUUUACCGCUUUGGGAAUGUUCCACCAUAUUGCAUUAAACUUAUUUACAUCCGUAGAGACAAGCGAGAGACACGUCCAGGGCAAGUUACAGGUCGGAUCUGUGAAGAGGUUGCCCUGAUCACAAUAAUGACUUGUUAAAUUGUAGCUGAUUUUAUGGCUCAAAAUUACUUGGAAUUGGAAAAAGUAAAACACAUUUACAAGAAAGGUGGGUUUAAUGCAGUUCUGUGGAACAUUCCGGGCAAAGCAAGUACGCAGGGUGUGGCAGACCCUUCACCAGAAAAGUUGCUUAGUGGACCUUUAUAUAAAUGUUAAAUAUAAAAAAAAAACACUUGACAACUUAUUAGUGCCUUACGUCUAUUUUUUUUAUUUAUCGAAAAUUGAAACCCAUUUGCAUUUGUCAACGUCCUGCCUCCAUUUUUAGAUAGAAAGAAGCAUGUUCUCACUCGCCAGUGUUUUUGACCAAUUUACAUUUUGUACAUAAGAAUCUUCCAAACUGUUCACUUUCUUUCCUCAUUUUAUUUUCUUUUUUUAAAUCUUUUGUUCACCUUGUCAAUGUGAAAUAUCUAAAGACCGCACUGUUUUUGUCAAAAGCUGGCAUCCAAUCAACUCCCAUGGAAAACGAAUGGAAAACUUGCCUUUUGUGUGACGUAUGUAAAUGUAUGAAUGAAUGAAUGUUAUUUCAAUGGGAGAUGUGAAUAUACUGGCAAUAACUCAAUGCUAUAAGCCAAAGUUUGUACAAAAGUGGUCAGGUUUUUUUCUAUGUUUCAGUGUUUUUUUUUGUUUCUCAAAAGUUGGAUAAAAGUUGGUGUAGAUUUUUUUUCAAAAUAAACUUUUAUUUUGAAAGGGCACACCCGUCCAGCUUGGGUUAAAUGCAGUACAGAGCGGUGAAUAUUAUUAGACAUGUUAUAUAAAUAUAUGAAUGUAAAAAAUCUGAAAUUGUAAAGUUUUUGUGUUUUUUGUUUGAAUAAAGAGGUUUUUUUUGAGAAAAU